GUGGCGGCGUCGUCGCCGCUUCUCGGAGGCUGGGGCUCCGAAACAAACCAUACCUUUCAUCUGAGGAGAUGCGCUUGGCGGUUGAAGUUUGAAGAUGCUGAAAUUUAAGUACGGUGCACACAAUCCUACAGAGCCAGGCACAAUGGAGCCCAUUGCUAACCGCGCAUCUAGACUUAACCUGCUUUUUCAGGGAAAGUUACCAUCUAUGACUCAACAGCAGAUGUCUCCAUUUUCCAGGGAAGGCAUUUUGGACUCUCUGAUGCUGCUUUUUGAAGAAUGUAGUAAUCCUGUUUUAAUGAAUACAAAGCACGUGGGCAAUUUUAUUAAAAAAUAUUCAAGUUCAAUAGCAGAAGUCCGAGAGCUUCAGCCGAGCAUGAAGGACUUCGAAGUCAGGAGUGUGGUGGGAUGUGGUUACUUUGCAGAAGUGCAAGUAGUAAGAGAAAAGGCAACUGGCGAUGUCUAUGCCAUGAAGGUGUUGAGCAAGGAGGCUCUGCUGGCAGAGGAUCAAAUCUCAUUCUUUGAGGAAGAGAGGAAUGUAUUAUCCCAGAAUACCAGCCCUUGGAUUCCACAACUCUUUUAUGCAUUCCAGGACAAGAAGAAUCUUUAUUUGGUUAUGGAAUAUGAGCCUGGAGGCGAUCUCCUCUCAUUCUUAAACAGAUAUGAGGAUCAGCUUGAUGAAAACAUUGUUCAGUUUUAUCUAGCCGAAACAAUUCUGGCCAUUCAUAGUGUCCAUCAAAUGGGCUAUGUACAUCGAGAUAUAAAGCCAGAGAAUAUCCUCAUUGAUCGAACAGGUCAUAUCAAGCUGGUGGACUUUGGAUCAGCUGCCAAAAUGACAGUGGAUAAAAUGGUGAAUGCCAAACUGUCACUUGGCACGCCAGAUUAUAUGGCCCCAGAGCUGUUAACAGUGUUGAAUGGUGAUGGCAAAAGUACAUAUGGAGCAGAAUGUGACUGGUGGUCUCUAGGAGUGAUUGCUUAUGAAAUGGUCUACAGAAAGUCUCCAUUUGCUGAUGGGACCUCAACGAAAACCUUUAAUAACAUCAAGAAUUAUCAGAGGUUUCUGAAGUUCCCUGAGGAUGUGAAAGUCACCAAUGAAUUUCUUGAUCUGGUGCAAUGUCUAUUGUGCGGGCAGAAAGAGAGACUAGAUUAUGAAGGUCUCUGCUAUCAUCCAUUUUUUUCCACAGUUGAGUGGAAUACUAUCCGUAACUCUCCUCCCCCCUUUGUGCCUACCAUCAAGUCUGAUGAUGACACCUCAAAUUUCGAUGAACCGGAGAAGAAUUCACGAAUUGUAUCCCCUCUGUGCCAGCUGAACCCCGCAGGCUUCUCCGGAGACGAUUUGCCAUUUGUGGGGUUCACCUUCAUCAAGGCAUUGGGGAUCCUCCGAUCAGAGUCUGCUUUGGGUUUUGAUUCUCCAGCCAAGAUUAACUCCAUGGAAAAGAAACUUCUUCUUAAGAAUAAAGAGCUGCAAGACACACAGGAUAAGUGCCACAAGAUGGAGCAGGAAAUGACGCGCUUGCACCGCAGAGUAUCGGAGGUGGAGGCUGUACUUAGCCAAAAGGAGGUGGAAUUGAAAGCCUCCGAGACCCAGCGAUCCCUCCUUGAACAGGACCUGGCUACCUACAUCACAGAAUGCAGUAGCUUAAAGCGAAGUCUGGAGCAGGCUCGGAUGGAAGUAUCUCAGGAGGAUGACAAGGCACUGCAGCUUCUUCAUGAUAUCAGAGAACAAAGUCGGAAGCUGCAGGAAAUCAAAGAACAGGAGUAUCAAGCACAGGUAGAGGAGAUGAGGUUGAUGAUGAAUCAGUUGGAAGAAGACCUUAUUUCAGCUCGUAGGCGGAGCGAUCUUUAUGAAUCUGAACUGAGAGAGUCCCGAUUGGCGGCUGAAGAGUUCAAACGUAAAGCCACAGAAUGUCACAACAGGCUGCAGAAGGUUAAAGAUCAAGGGAAGACAGAAGUGGGAGAGCUGUAUUCCAAACUGGAGAAGAUCAAUGCAGAACAACAAGUCAAAAUCCAGGAACUGCAAGAAAAACUGACCAAGGCUAUGAAGGCCAGCUCAGAGGCCACCGAACUCCUUCAAAACAUACGCCAAGCAAAAGAGAGAGCAGAAAAGGAGCUGGAGAAACUGCAAAAUCGUGAAGACUCAACUGAAGGCAUGAAAAAGAAAUUACUUGAGGCGGAGGAAAGGCGCCAUUCUCUGGAGAAUCAAGUGAAGCGUCUGGAGACUGUGGAACGCAGAGAGAACCGGCUGAAAGAAGAUAUCCAAACCAAAUCUCAACAGAUUCAGCAGAUGGCAGAUAAAAUUCUGGUGAUUACGGACUUGGAAGAGCAGUUGAACCAGCUGAGUGAGGACAAUGCUGAGCUGAACAACCAGAAUUUCUUCCUUUCCAAACAAUUGGAUGAGGCUUCCGGAGCAAACGAUGAGGUGGUCCAACUGCGGAGUGAGGUUGACCACCUUCGUCGUGAGAUCACAGAACGAGAAAUGCAGCUCACCAGUCAGAAACAAACAAUGGAGGCCUUAAAGACAACCUGCACAAUGCUGGAAGAGCAAGUGAUGGAUCUGGAGGCUCUCAAUGAUGAACUCCUGGAGAAGGAACGCCAGUGGGAAGCAUGGAGAAGCGUUUUGGGUGAUGAGAAGACUCAGUUUGAAUGUCGGGUUCGAGAGCUACAGAGAAUGUUGGAUACAGAGAAACAAAGCAGAGUGCGGGCAGAUCAGCGUAUAACUGAAUCCCGUCAGGUGGUGGAGCUUGCUGUUAAAGAACAUAAAGCAGAGAUCUUGGCUCUCCAGCAAGCGUUAAAAGAACAAAAACUCAAAGCUGAGAGUCUUUCUGAUAAGCUCAAUGAUUUGGAGAAAAAACAUGCCAUGCUAGAGAUGAACGCUCGUAGUCUGCAACAGAAGCUCGAGACAGAACGUGAACUCAAGCAGAGGCUCCUAGAAGAGCAAGCAAAGCUGCAACAGCAGAUGGACUUGCAGAAAAACCACAUAUUUCGCCUGACUCAAGGUCUGCAAGAGGCUUUGGACAGGGCAGAUCUUUUGAAGACUGAGAGAAGUGACUUGGAGUACCAGCUGGAAAAUAUUCAGGUUCUCUAUUCCCAUGAAAAGGUGAAAAUGGAGGGCACUAUUUCACAACAAACCAAGCUUAUAGACUUUCUUCAAGCAAAGAUGGACCAGCCAGCCAAAAAGAAAAAGGGCCUGUUUAGUCGACGGAAAGAGGACCCUUCUUUACCCACACAGGUUCCUCUGCAAUACAAUGAGCUGAAGGUGGCACUGGAGAAGGAGAAGGCCCGUUCGGCUGAGUUGGAGGAGGCCCUGCAGAAAACACGCAUUGAGCUCAGAUCUGCUCGAGAGGAAGCUGCCCAUAGGAAAAUUACAGACCACCCUCACCCAUCCACGCCUGCCACGGCCAGGCAGCAGAUCAUCAUGUCUGCCCUAGUCCGGUCACCAGAACACCAGCCCACGCCCAUCAGCCUGCUUGCGCCUCCCUCGAGCCGCAGAAAGGAGUCCUCCACACCAGAGGAGUUUAAUCGGCGUCUAAAAGAACGGAUGCAUCAUAAUAUUCCUCACCGGUUCAAUGUGGGAUUGAAUAUGAGAGCAACAAAAUGUGCUGUUUGCCUGGAUACUGUGCACUUUGGACGUCAGGCAUCAAAAUGCCUUGAAUGCCAGAUGAUGUGUCACCCCAAGUGCUCAGCCUGCUUGCCAGCUACCUGUGGCUUGCCUACUGAAUAUGCCACACAUUUCUCGGAAGCCUUCUGUCGGGACAAGCUGAACUCUCCGGGUCUGCAGCUGAAAGAACCAAGCACCGGUUUACGGCUAGAAGGAUGGAUGAAGGUGCCAAGAAAUAAUAAGCGUGGGCAGCAGGGCUGGGAUAGGAAGUAUAUAGUUCUGGAAGGAACUAAAGUCCUUGUUUAUGACACAGAAGCAAGAGAAGCUGGACAAAGGCCUGUGGAGGAGUUUGAGCUAUGUCUUCCAGAUGGAGAUGUUACUGUCCACGGAGCUGUGGGAGCAACUGAACUUUUAAAUACAGCUAAGACAGAUGUGCCAUAUAUAUUAAAGCUGGAGUCUCAUCCUCAUACUACCUGUUGGCCUGGCCGGACUCUCUACUUACUCGCACCCACUUUUCCUGAUAAACAACGCUGGGUCAGCGCUCUGGAGUCCAUUGUUGCUGGAGGAAGAGUUUCCCGGGAAAAAGCCGAGGCUGAUGCUAAGCUCCUUGGAAAUUCUCUGCUGAAGCUUGAGGGGGAAGACCGUUUGGAUAUCAACUGCACAUUGCCCUUCAGUGACCAGGUGGUACUGGUGGGAGCUGAGGAAGGUCUUUAUGCCUUGAAUGUGCUGAAGAACUCCUUAACGCAUGUCCCUGGCAUUGGUGCAGUCUUCCAAGUGCACCUCAUAAAGGAUCUGGAGAAAUUGCUUAUGAUAGCAGGAGAUGAGAGGGCUCUGUGCCUUGUGGAUGUGAAGAAAGUUAAGCAGUCUUUAGCACAAUCCCACCUGCCAGCUCAACCUGAUGUCUCACCAAAUAUUUUUGAAGCUGUGAAAGGAUGCCAUCUUUUUGCUGUGGGGAAGAUUGACAACGGGCUAUGCAUUUGCGCAGCAAUGCCCAGCAAAGUGGUGAUUCUGCGCUAUAACGAGAGCCUCAGCAAGUUCUGCAUCAGGAAGGAGAUUGAAACCUCAGAGCCCUGCAGCUGUAUUCAUUUCACCAGUUACAGCAUCAUCAUUGGAACAAACAAGUUUUAUGAAAUUGAGAUGAAGCAAUAUACACUAGAGGAAUUCCUGGACAAGAAUGACCAUACUUUGGCUUCCGCUGUGUUUGCAUCGUCUACCAACAGUUUUCCGAUUAAUAUCAUCCAGGUGAAUCCUACAGGCCAGAGGGAGGAGUAUCUGCUCUGCUUUCAUGAGUUUGGCGUCUUUGUAGACUCCUAUGGGAGGCGCAGUCGCUCAGAUGACCUAAAAUGGAGUCGUCUGCCUUUGGCAUUUGCCUAUAGGGAGCCAUAUCUGUUUGUGACACACUUCAACUCCCUCGAAGUCAUUGAGAUCCAAGCACGGGCCUCCCUUGGCACGCCAGCUAGAGCUCACUUGGAUAUUCCGAGCCCUCGCUAUCUGGGUCCAGCGAUUUCAUCAGGAGCAAUUUACCUGGCCUCUUCCUAUCAAGACAAACUAAGAGUUAUUUGCUGUAAAGGGAAUUUGGUAAAGGAGUCCAACAACGAACACCACCGAGGCUCUUCUACCACACGCAGCAGCCCAAAUAAGAGAGGUCCCCCCACCUACAACGAGCACAUAACCAAGCGGGUAGCCUCCAGCCCCGGGCCUCCGGAAGGUCCAAGCCACCCUCGGGAGCCAAGCACACCCCACCGCUACCGAGAGGGAAGGACGGAGCUGCGUAGGGACAAGUCACCUGGGCGUCCGCUAGAGAGGGAGAAAUCUCCUGGCAGGGUCCUGAGCACCCGCAGGGAACGGUCCCCCGGGAGGCUGUUUGAGGAGAGCAGCAGGGGACGGAUGCAAGGGGGGGGCGCAAGGACUCCCCUCUCCCAAGUCAACAAGGUCUGGGACCAAUCUUCAGUAUAAGCUACACAAGCCUUCCCCCGACCUUGAACUGCAGGAAGAACCAAGGAAAUGUACUGAGUGGGCACACACGCUUCUUCCUUAGUGGCCCAGCCCCUUUAGCCAGCCAACCGCGCUGGGCCCCCAAUGGUUCUGGCAACAGGAUCCAAUCCACCAAGACUCUAGUUGCUUGCAAGGGAAAUGCUUGCAUCUCAGUUUCUUUUCCUACCGCUUCCUGCAGUUGGGUUUUCUCUCCUCUCUUCUUCCCUCUCCCUCUUUUUGGGCACUUUGUACUACCGUUGCUCUUUCAAAGCAGUUCAUACACUUUUUAUACUUCGCUCUGAGCCUUCUACCAUCCCCAUCAGUGAAGCCAGAUGGGGUGGGGAUCUCACCCAAGCCUGAAAGGUGUGGCUAUCAGCAUUUGGGGAAAGAUUCUGGGACGGCCUUGUGACCAGCCGAGGCCACGGCGAGUGUGUCUUGGUACCCAGCAUCAUUAGCUUCUUCUGCAGAGCUUUAGAGAAAUCUCAGAUCAGUUUAGUCCAUCUGCUGCUUCCAAAACCCUUUGGAAUGUAAGGUUCCAAAAAUCAAAACAAAAUGCAACGAAAACCAACCAGCGAAAGAACAAUAUAGCUGUCAGUGCAGCUCUGUGGCUAGCCGGGUUACAAGGAAGGGAAUGUCCUGUUCGAACUAUCCCUGAACAUCCCCUGAUCACACUGAGUCAAGUGGUCGCAACCCGCUCCCCUCCAUCUGCGUUUGCAGUACUGAGGUGGAAACCCCUUGCCCCUUAUCCAGGUGUUCUGCAUGGCAGCUCCCUGCAUGCUUACUGCAACACCAUCAUCCUGGCUGCGGUCUCCUUUUCAGUUGCUUUGCUAGAUAUUGUAUCUUGUACCUCCCGUGUUAACUGAACCGAAGCCUUUAUAGAUUAAUGCUGCAACAAUAACCAUCAUUGUUUACUGGGGAAACAGGCACUGAAGGAGAGAAAGCUCUGGUCCUUGAGUCCACGAUAAACAGAAUUUCACGAGGCAUGAUGACAUUCUCAUCCCCAGCCAGCAUUAGACAGGAUCCUGUUCACAAACGUGCCACUCUCCUGGGCAACAGCCAAGCGAAGGAGAGGCUUCCUUGCCACCGACAGGGAGUAAGCAGCACUUAGCCACUCCAAGUAAGACAAAGAGAAUGAGGGAAAACCAAAAAAGAGAGAGAGAGAAAGAGAGGAAAUAAUGGCGUGAUUUGUAUAUUUUGGAAAUGUUUUCCAAAGAUCUCCAAUAUUUUUUUGGGGAAACCACUGCUCCUGGCAAUGAAGGGAAAAGGCAGUUAAACAGUUUUGGCAAAUGCUAAGCAUUUCUCCAUCACUUUUGGCCUAUGAAGGCAAGCCCUCUCUCGCUUCUCAUUCUGGGGAGUUGCUGAGCACCGAGGCAAAUUUCUUUCCAAGUUAGGCUUUGUCCGUUCAAUUUGCUUUAGCUGCAUUUCUCUCCAAGCCGGUAAGAGCAAAUCCACCCCUCUCCCCCGCUUUUUCCUUUUCCCAGCUGGUGCUGCCCUACUCGAGAGGCACCUCAAAGCUGUUGUCCGGUGCCGUCCUGGCGGCUGGGGGGUGGAUAACAGGGUCUGGUCUCUUGCACACCAGGCUGUUUUCUAUCGGAUGGCUUGUCAGGAAACAUGCUGAGAUUUCUGCCUCUGGCUCUGGGUGUCUUGAAAGGUAUUUAAGGUUUUCGCAUCUCAUGGAAAAGUCCCUCAUGACCUGAAAACUCGGCUUGUCGAGUCCCAAGAGUGUAAAUCUUGUGUCUUGUUUGUGAAAUGCUUCCUGCUAUAGAAUAGCUCAAAGGACUGUACAUAUUUACAAGAAACUUUAUAUUCGUAAAAAAGGGGGAAAAAAAGAAAUCAGUUUCUACUUUUUUAUUGUAAAGUGUGCAUUUUUUUCCCUCCGAACUACUAGCCCUUUGUUUUAAUGGCGGUUGCAGAAAGGUGUCUUUGGCCAGUGCCGAAGGGGCCUCCUCCUAAUCCUCCAGGAUCCCACAAACAAAUACUGUAAUAUGAAAUUUGCAAGCGACAGGUUGUUAGUGUUAAAUGAGGUCUUAGGCGCUAUUGCAAAAUAGAAUUUGCCUGCAUUUAAAUAGAAUCUGCCUUCAUUACCUUUUUAAUAUUGCAGACAAGAGCAAGAAAUCACAGGUGUAAUUCACACUCCACCUGGAAAGUAUUGAACUUGUUGAACAAUAACCAAAUAACAAAUGAUAAUAAUAAAAAAAACCCUGUGUCUGACAUGGUACAGUGACCUUUUCCUUCCUCCUGGAGCAGCAACAGAUAAGGCAUGGGUAAUAUCUCCCAUCACUGUCCCCUUGCCCCAGCCUUCAGAAGUCACCACUGCCUUUAAAAAAAGGGAUCUUUUGAUUUGUUAUGUACUGAUUUUCACUUCUUGUCAGCCAUAUUGAAGGCCUGUGGGGCAAAAAAUAAAAAAAAGGUGGGAUAUAAAUAUUUUAAAUGAAAACGUAACUUGCCAGAAGUAACUCUGGGAGCUCAACUGCAGAGUCAUUCCUUGAAGACAUACAGAGGAGCUCCCACUUAAUGCAGGACAAUGUUGUCUGGCCUUCGAAAUCACAGCACAGACAGUUCCCAUGCUCAGCUUUGCAGUCUGUGAGCCUCUCCCUAUUCAUGGAGCCAUCUGCCCAUGUUAAAUGUUGACAAAAGCCCUGUUCAGGCGCUAUGCCCCCCCCCCCCAAAAGGCAGGUGAAUGGGAGGAAUGGGGGGGCAGAGUUGUAUAUGCUAGCUGUAUGGAGCAGCAAAGCCUGAAGAGGGACUCGAGCCCCAUUUGUCAGGAGUCCAGCCCAAGCAAUUGGGGAGUCUUCCUUCCUUGCCCACUCACUGAGCGCAUGGGCAGGGUUGCUUCCCUUCUUUGGCUCUUGCCACUCGGUGCGCCCCGACCGAAAGGCCUAAGCAGGGCUGAACCUCAACAGUCUCAGUGGACAGGUGGGGCAGCAUCGUAGAACAACUGUAACUUCAAUGACCUUUCCCUCUUCCGACCUGGUGCUGUAACAACAUAUACACACACACACAUGCACGCAAACACCCUGAUGUGCGUUUUUAAGAACCUACCACCAACGUAAUUCAGGCCAUACAUCAGAAAAUAAGCAACACUUGGCAAGAGAAUGCAAGUUUAGACUACAAUGUAAAUAUUUCUAUUUUUAAUCCGAAGCCAGUUUCUACAGGGUCUGAUGUCUUCUUCUACAGGGAUUGUGUGUGUGUAUUCCAAACUGUGAGCUUGCAGGAGCUGGAAGUGUGGCUCCUGUUAAGUUAUGCACCUCCCCAUAGCCCCCAACCCUGGCCUGCUGUGGGCAGGUCACCAGUAAGCAAGCCCUCCCCGCCCCCUUUGGUUGACAUAUUGCGCAUAGUGAUGCUCUGCAUUGAAAACCAAACUGCUUUGACUUCUGUUGUGCCUAAUCUUGAAUGUAUAAAUGAACUGCAAGCUUGUUUACAAAUGUUCCUUUAUUUUUCUUUUCAUGUGCACAAAAUAUACUUAUUUAAGACUCA